GCGCCUCUCCCCGGAGACCACGGCGGAGCCAGCGCCGGUAUAAAACGCAGGGGUUCCUCCCAGACCGGCACCAUUCGCUUGAGUCCUAGCACAGAGACAACAAGACUUUCCAACCCUCAACAUGAAGUUCUUGAUUGUGCUGUGCGCCGCCCUGGCCUGCGCUGCUGCCAAGCCCCAGGUGCUGGCUCCCUGGGCCAUCCCUAACGGCUACGCCUACUCGGCGGCCGCUCCCUGGGCCUCCCCUCUGGGCCACCCCAUCGCCCAGCCCCUGGCGUACUCCGCCUGGCCCGCGGCCAACCUGGCUUACUCUGGCGCUCCUCUGGCGUACUCCGCCCCCGCCUACUCUGCCGCCCCCCUGGCGUACUCUGCCCACGCCGUGGCCGCCCCCGUGGCCGUGGCCGCCGCCCCCCUCGCCCACAAGAGCCAGUACCACGCCCAGGAUGAGCUCGGCCAGGCCAGCUAUGGACACUCCGAACCGUCGCAGACCCACAACGCUGUCCAGGACGCCUUCGGCAACAAGGUCGGCUCCUUCAGCUACACCGCCCCUGACGGUCGCAUCCUGAGGACCGACUACGUCGCCGACGCUCUGGGUUACCGCGUCUCCUCCAACGCCCUGCCCGUGGCCGCCGCCGGUCUGCCUCUCCCCGUCCAGGACACCCCUGAGGUCGCCAUCGCCAAGGCUCAGCACCUUGCCGCCCACGGUGUGCACCGCAUCGCCAAGCGUUCCAUCGCUCUGCUCCAGACCCCAGCCUCCACCGCCCCUCUGGCUUACGCUGCCGCCCCCGCCAUCGCCCACACCUACGCCGCCCCCGCCAUCGCCCACACCUACGCCGCCGCCCCCGUGGCCUACUCCGCUGCCCACACCACCAUCGCCCACAGCUACGCCGCCCCCAUCGCCCACGCCUACGCCGCCCCCGCCAUCGCCGCUCCCCUGGCAUACUCGGCCGCCCCCGCUGUCACCGCUGUGCACGCUGGCCCCGUCCUCCGUGACGCCAUCCAGACCACCGUCGUGAACACCCCCGGCCACGCCGUCUCCUACCGCGUGGACUAGGCUUCUCAUCGAACAUGUCUCACCGCUCCAGUUUGACGCCAAGACGACCUAGGCCCUUUCCUACUGGCAACUAGUCUUUUGUUUUGGUGCCAAACGCAAGCGGCGCGACGACCUGAUGACGGGGCGGUGCGCGCCUCGAGCCCGCUCGGCCCUCUCUUAUAUCUUGUCAAUUCUGUCCGAUCUGUUCCUCUCGAAAAUAAACUAAGUCUGCUAAAAACUUA